GUGACAGAGCAGAGAGAUAGAGAUCAUAGAGACAGUGAGAAAGAGAAAGUAAUAUAUUAUAUAUCCGUCGAAAUGGGAAGGUACUCUGGUUUCGAAAAGGGGGGAUUGAAGAAAGGUGCGUGGUCUGCUUGCGAAGACCAGGUUCUCAAGGACUACGUCAAAAAGCACGGUCCAGGCAAAUGGGGAAAAGCAUCAAGGGAGACCGGUUUGAAGAGAUGUGGGAAGAGUGUGAGAUUGAGAUGGUUGAAUUACCUGAGGCCCGGUAUCAAGAGAGGCAAGAUUACAGAAGAUGAAAAAGACCUUAUCAUCAGGAUGCACACACUCUUAGGCAACAGGUGGUCAUUGAUAGCAGGAAGGAUUCCGGGCCGAACUGACAAUGAAAUAAAGAACUACUGGAAUUCCAUUCUAAGGAAGAACGUGGGAGAAGAAAGAGAGAGAGAAUCAGAAGUGUCGAGAAACGAGAUGAUCAAGGAGAACUUGCCAUCCCUCGUUGGCGACGAUGGUCAUCCACAUUUGACCAAAUGCGAUGAAGUUCUUAGAGGAGGAGGAGGAUUGGUGUGUUUUGCCAGCGAUGUUAAUGUAGAAGAAGACCACCGGCGUCAUUGUCUUGGUGGUACUAGUACCGAUACUACUACACUGAGUCCCGGAGUGGGAGUCGAAAUCGGAGGCGGGGCAAACAAUGAUAUUCAACCAACAGGAGAUGAUCUCAAUUAUAACGCUAUGACCUGGAAAGAUUCGAUAAUGGAUCUGAAUGGAGGCCAACUCGACAUAUCUGAAUUCCUCCAAAGUGACUUUUCGACGUUUUGGGAUUCAGAUGGGCUCAUGAAUUUUGAAAUCGGAGGUUGCAGCACCAUGAAUUAUGAGUUGCCAAAUAAUUAGGAUGGUUAAUUAUCUUUCCGGAGCUUUUUUCUUUUUUUUUUUGUUGAAACUGAAUAAUUUAUUACUUGGGGAAUUAACCCUCCAUAUAUAGAUAGUACAUCAUUACGCCACUAUAUGGGCUAUUACAUAUCCAAACGUGAAAGUCAUGAAUCAUAAGCGGAAAUUGAUUCUCGCAUGUAUUAAUUCUUAA